CCUUAAUACAUCAAAUUAAGCCUCUCAACUUAGAGGAGUUUUAGCCAUGAGACUCCUACAUAGCUUAAUCUUAUCAUUUGCACUCCUAAUUACUUCCACCCAACCGGCUCAAGUGCCGUUCUCCUGCGGCCGGUCCGACCCGCGGACAAAAUCCUUCGACUUCUGCCGAACCGAUCUCUCCAUCAGCGAAAGAGUGAAAGAUCUCGUCUCUCAACUCACUCUCGAUGAAAAGAUUUUGCAGCUCGUUAGCUCCGCCGCGGCUAUUCCGCGACUCGGCGUCCCCGCCUUCGAGUGGUGGUCGGAGGCUUUGCACGGCGUCUCCGGCUUCGGGAAGGGGAUUUCGUUCGACGGCGCCAUCAAAUCCGCCACUAGCUUCCCUCAAGUCAUUCUCACCGCCGCUUCGUUCGAUGAAUACCUUUGGUACCGCAUUGGAGAGGCAAUUGGGAAAGAGGCUAGAGCACUGUACAAUGCAGGCCAAACAACAGGGUUAACAUUGUGGGCACCAAACAUCAAUAUAUUCAGAGAUCCACGAUGGGGGAGAGGUCAAGAAACACCAGGUGAAGACCCGGAAGUGACGGGGAAGUAUGCCGUGGCAUAUGUACGAGGAGUACAAGGCGAUAGCUUUGAUGGGAAGGUUGCGGCAGAUUAUCUUCAAGCUUCUGCUUGCUGCAAACACUUUGCUGCCUAUGAUUUGGAGAACUGGAAUGGCAAUCUGCGUUAUGGAUUUGAUGCCAUUGUGACCCAACAAGAUUUAAGGGAUACAUAUCAGCCACCAUUCCAGAGUUGCAUACAAAAAGCUAAAGCAAGCGGAAUAAUGUGUUCUUAUAACAGUGUGAAUGGGGUCCCUAGUUGUGCUAAUCAAGAUUUUCUUAACAAAACUGCGCGUCAGCAAUGGGGUUUUAAUGGGUAUAUUGCCUCAGAUUGUGAUGCAGUGGGAAAUGUUUUUAACGACCACAAAUAUACAAAAACACCCGAAGAAACUGUAGCAGCUGUACUCAAUGCAGGGAUGGAUGUCAACUGUGGGUCAUUUUUGAGUCAAUAUACAAAUUCAGCAGUAAUGCAGAACAGAGUUUCGGUGGACCAAAUAGACAGAGCUUUACACAACCUAUUUAGCACGCGUAUGAGAUUGGGAUUGUUUGAUAGAAACCCCAAAGACCUCCUCCUUUAUGGUAUAAUUCCUCCAAAUGAAGUUUGCAGUCAAGAGCACCAGAAUCUAGCUUUAGAGGCAGCAAGAAAAGGCAUUGUCUUACUAAAAAAUGAUCAUAAACUGCUUCCUCUGUCAAAGAACAAGAGUAUGUCCCUCGCUGUUAUAGGACCUAAUGGAAAUAACGCAAACGUCCUUCAAGGAAGUUACUUUGGCCCUGCAUGCAAUCCUGUUGAAAUAUUUAAAGUCAUGCAGAGUUACGUUGGUUAUGUUUCGUUUCUAGAAGGUUGCGUUGAUGGAGUGAAUUGUACUUCUGCUACAAUUGAUGAAGCGCUAAACAUUGCCCAAAAUUCCGAUCAGGUGGUCCUAGUAAUGGGAUUGAGUCAGAGUCAAGAAAGGGAAGAGGUAGAUCGUGUGCACUUGGAGCUUCCAGGGGAGCAAGAGCUUCUCAUUACGAAUGUCGCUAAAGCUUCAAAGAAGCCUGUCAUAUUGGUGUUGGUUUGUGGUGGUCCGGUUGAUAUUACGUUUGCUAAAUCAGACCGUAAUAUCGGCAGCAUUUUAUGGGCUGGUUAUCCCGGCGAAGCAGGAGGCCUUGCGCUUGCAGAGAUUAUAUUUGGCGAGCACAACCCUGGAGGAAAGUUACCAAUCACAUGGUACCCUAAAGAUUACAUUAAAGUUGCUAUGACAGAUAUGAAUAUGAGGGCCGAUACCUCUAGAGAGUACCCAGGGCGUACAUAUAGGUUCUACGAAGGUCCUACAGUUUUCAACUUUGGCGACGGUCUUAGCUACUCAACCUAUGCUUAUGAGUUCACUUCCACUACACCAACCAUGGUGAACUUGACCCAGCUGUCAACUGUUAAAACAUCUAUGGGAUUCGAUUCUGUCAAUUACAUGUCAGUGGAUGAUAUUGAAGGAGAGACAUGCGAGAAGGCAAAGUUUUCAGUCACUGUCGGAGUUCAAAACUCUUUGGAAAUGGACGGAACUCACCCAGUGCUGCUUUUCAUGAAGCCUACUGAACGGAAAGAUGAUGGAUAUCCAGUGAAACAGCUGGUGGGGUUUCAAACUGUAAACUUAAAAGCAGGUGAACGGGAGGAAGUUGUAUUUGAACUCAACCCUUGCCACCAUCUCAGCACUGCAAAUAAGGAUGGAUUAAUGGUGAUUGAAGAGGGGACUAAGGAUUUAGUUGUUGGAAACACAGAACACAUUGUUAACAUAGCUUUUUGAAUCUUAUUGAAUACUGAGUUUAGUGAUGAAAUUGUGUUGUUGUUGUUGCUGCUUCACUUCUCGUUAAUAUACACCUGCCUUUCUUUCAAGAUAAAAACAGCGGAAUUGCUUCGACUUUAAUUUAUAUUUAU